GACGCACCAGAACAACUUAACCCUACCCAUCCUCUUCUUUGCCGCCCUCACCGUCUCGGCGGCUCCGCUUCUCCUCCAUCGCCGGCUCCGCUUCUCCUCCAUCGACGGCUCCAAAUCUCCCAGCCUGUCCGGAACCUAUUCACCUCCCAAGGCGCCUUCGGCUCUCCGCCCUCAGCGCUUUCGAGUUCGAAGCCGAUCUCUCAGCAUCCAUCGAACAGGAAAAAGGUUAUAGGUUUAGAUGACCUGUUAAAUGACUUCCACAAGGAGAAUAAGAAGGUUACUAAACGUUCAAAGGUCCAAAAGGCCUAUGAUUCCGAUGAUGACAUUGAUGCUAGAGAAGCUACAUUUCAUAACUGUGUUAACCAGUUCCAGGAGAAGAUGAAUCAAAUAAAGGCCGAUGAUGAAAUGCCUUUGUGGGGUCUUCAAGUUUUUGGAUAUCAGAAAACUUUGCCAAAACUGGAUUUCCCUGAGCUAACGAGGUGCAGGUUUCUGCAAUCUUUCCUGAAAAACGAGCUUAAUUCAUUGGUAGAACUCAAAACAGAUGAAGGACAGAGUUUCCUUGAGGGGUUGCUCAGAGAUGGAUGGCUUUUGAAAUUAAUCAGCUCUCAUGGUCGACUUGAAAGAUCCAUUGCAAAAUGGAGUUUUAAUAUGUUGUUGUAUUCACCACAACAACAGUUAGGAGCUGCUGCAUGCAGCUUUUGGUGUCGCAUUCUCUCGUCUAAAAGUGAGUUUGACCUACAAAACUUUGAAAUUGAAUGGUUACCAGACUAUUCAGAACUAAUAAGUGCCCUUGAUGUAUAUGGCUUUCUAUUGGAUGCACCUUCAAAGUCAUCAUCAUCCAUGGAACUUGACCAUUUAGAUUCUGAUUCUUCUAGUCCACCACAAAAUAUAAGGUCUUGGAUAAAGUUCGUUUCUGUUAUUUGCAAAGUAAGGAACAUAUGUUCAGUCUUCUCAACUGAAGAGGUAGAAGACCUGAUAGUAGUGAUGAUCUGUAUGUUUAUGGAUCGUCAACUUCUCGGCCUCGUCCUAAUCUUGGAUGAGUGUCUUCACUCGCUUAUUAGCUUUUUUAGUGACAAUGAAUUUGAUGUCAGCUGUGUCAAAAUAGCUAAAUCCCUCACCUGCAGACUGGCUACUGAUAUCUCUUGCUUGAGAGCUGUGGAUAGCAUUUCAGUGCGUGAUGCUCAUAGUAAGCGUUUAAAAAGUGCAGCAGCCUUUGAGUUUCUUAUAGCAUGUUUUGAUAGUAAGGUAUCUGAUGCAGAAGGGAUCCUAAAAUCUAUAAUUUCUAUUAAUCUGAGAGAUGAGAGCUUUGAUCUUCAGAAAAUGUAUAUAUACCUGAUAUUGGUAGAAAACUGGCUUUUCUGUGACCCAAUGCUAAAAGACAAUCCAGAACUAAUUGAGAUGUGGGCAGUAUGUCUGCGGAACUGCACCUGCCAAAUCAGCAGCACAGAUUUGAGGUCUUAUGCUUUAAAGGUGAGGAGUAAGGCUUCAUAUCUUUCUCAAGGCAAUGCCAAAAAAUGGUAACUCUGCCUCUGCGGUCCAAGUACCAGAUCAAGAUGGUUGGGUUAUUCACAGAUUUCUCCUUUUGUUUUUAAUGGAAAUCUGAAUGUAAAUUCAAUGCACAAGUUUCUAUUUGGCUUAUAGUUUUGAGUUUUGACGGAAAAUCAAUAUUAUGUAGAACCAACCUGACAAUGUUCAAUAUGUGAUGUAUAUUGUAAUGUUAAAAAGAAUCUAAGUAAGGAUUUAAGUAAAAACACAAGGUUUCUGACAA